UCAGCGACAGCGGGUGAAACCAACACAGAGGAAUAACUGUAUUUUUCAUAACUUUUCUCAGCUUUAUAAGUCUCUUAGUCUAAAAUUCUGCAGAAUUUAAGUGAUUUUGCAAGUCCACCUGCUAACAGUGUUUGUUUUUAUUUCCCUGUCGACUGUUUACUUUUGAAACAUGGAUGCAGAGGAGGGCCCCCAGGCCCUGUGUGACCUCUGUUUGACUCAGGUGUGCCGCAGCCUGGACGCUCUGUGCAGCAAGCGAGCAGACGGCUCCCUUUGCCUCAGCUGGGCCCCACUCUUCCCACAGGAGAUGGCUGACCAGCUACUGCAGAAGAUGGCAACUAAAGGGAUACUGAAUGACAUGACUGUUGGGAUUUUCCGAAACUGCAAAGAGCUCCGCUUGCGCCGAGCCACCAUCCGCCGCUGUCCAGUGUCUGCAGAAGCCUUCCGCCUGGCCCUCUGCCCUCAUCGACUCCAGGAACUAGAUGCUUCCUGGGUCUCUGGGGAUCUCACUGGUGCUAAUAUGGUCUCAGGCCUUGCCUCCAACCUGGAGUGUAGAUCCAGCCUGCAGAAGUUGUCCCUGAAUGGGCUACAUCUGGACUGUCAGUCUCUAAGUGAGGAGGAAGGGGUCCGAGUUGGCUUCAGCUCUUUGAGGGGCCUGAGGACGCUCAACCUUGCCAACACAGACCUGACUGAUGCUGUUCUUGAAGAUAUCUGCACCCUCCCUCGGCUGGAAAGCCUGGAUAUCUCCUGCACCAGCGUCACAAAGCUCACAGCACUCGCCGAGUGCAAGAACACGCUGAGAUCUUUGAUCGCCCACAGGCUCAGGCUGCUGGAUAUGUCGUCUGCCAGGUUGCUCUUUGUCCUCAACCAACUUCACGCUCUCAGGCAUAUGGACUUUUCGGAUGACCACUUUUCACUGGAAGAUAGUGACGGGAGUGAUGGAGAUGAGACAGUGAGGCAGCUCCUGGAGGGGAGUCCUCAGGUCCUCCCUUCCCUUAUAUCUCUAGAUGUGUCUGGUCGUAAGAAAAUCACAGAAGCAGCCGUCAGGGCGUUUGUGGAGGCCAGGAGUGGACUGGUCUUCUUGGGCCUGGUAGCAACCGGGGUUAGCUCCUGUGAUGUCCUUUCUUCACAGAAAGACCUGAAAGUAACCGGAGAGGCUAAUGAGAACCAGGUGUGUGAGGCCCUGAGGAGGUACAGAGACAGGGAGUGUUUCAUACGAGAGGCCCUCGUCCAUCUGUACAAUCUAACCACUGAUACUGACAAACCACGACCAGAUACGCUAAAGCUGGUUCUGAGUGCGAUGCAGAGCCACCCUGCCUCCCCGCACGUCCACCUGGUGGCCACAGCGUGCGUGUUCAACCUGACCACUCAGGACAUGGCAGAGGCUAUGCCUGUCAGCCUGCUCAGCUUCACUGUCACCCAGCUGCUGAAUGCCAUGAAGACUUUCCCUAAACAUCAGCAGGUGCAGAAGAACUGCCUGCUGGCACUCUGCAGUGACUACAUCCUUCAGGAUGUCCCCUUUGACAAGUAUUUAGCAGCCACGCUGGUGAUUAACUGGCUGAGCAGCCACGAGGAUCCUACCCUUCAGAGGAUGGCUGUGGCUAUCAUCUCCUUUCUGGUGGCCAAGUUGUCCACAGAGGAGACUGCAAAGCUCAGCAAGGAUGCCUUUAUUAUGAAGCAGCUGCUGGCUAUCGUGCAGCAGAAGGCCAUGGUUGGAGUGGUGGACACUACUUUGAAGUUUGCCUUGAGUGCUCUGUGGAACUUGACAGAUGAGAUGCCCACAGCAGCCCGAAACUUUAUCGAGUGCCACGGCCUGGAGCUAUACGAGGAGGUCCUGGAGUCCUACUACAGUGAAUCUUCGGUACAACAGAAAGUUCUUGGCCUCCUGAACAACAUAGCAGAGGUGGAGGAGUUGCAGGCAGACUUGAUGGAGGAGGACUUAUUGGAGCACAUCCUCAGUCUGCUGCAGGACUCCCAUAUGGAGGUGGGGGUCCGCUACUUCGCCGGAGGGAUCCUGGCACAGCUGACCUCUAGACCAGAGGCCUGGACCUUGGAUAAUGAGCUCCGCACAACCAUACUGAACCAGCUGCAUGCUUCCAUAGUAACAUGGACCCAACUCGAGAGAGAAAUGGUCUCUUACAGGUCAUUCCGUCCAUUUUGCCCUCUGCUUCAAACUUGUCAGCCCUCAGGAGUGCAGAUGUGGGCAGUCUGGGCCAUACAUCUGGUUUGCAGUCAAAACACUUCAAAUUACAGCAGCAUGCUGGAGCAGGAAGGUGUGACUGAACUUCUGAAGGCUUUAACUGCACAUCCCGACACACACAGUGACGUUAAAGGACUAUCAGACAGCAUCUUGAGUAUGGUAGAGUGCUGUCAGAAUCAAUUGGGGCCUCAAAGCUCUUGACAAAAGUGCUUAGAUAUUUAUUUCAUGUGAUUUUAUGUCAAUGAGCUGUGCCUAAAAUGUGCAGGCUGCAGAUGUAGUAUAUAGUGGAGCUGAAAUAAAGAAGGUUCAUGUCAGUCUCUUUGGAUGUAAUAUUUAAUUAAAGGACUAGUGUGUAGGAUUUAGUGGCAUCUAGCGGUGAGGUUGCAUAUUGCAACUGAAUAUCUCUCUCCCUCCCCUUCCAAGUGUUUAGGGAAAUCUACAGUGGCUGCAAAAGUCGUGACAAAACUAAAAAACUAGAGCCAGUGUUUGGUUUGUCUGUUCUGGGCUACCGUAGAAACAUUGUGGGCUCCGGGAAGAGGAACCACUCACUCCCUAUGUAGAGCUCAUUCCAAGAAAACGAAAACACAACACUUCCUAUUUUCAGGUGAUUAUACACAAAUUAAACUUUCAAUAUUAUAUUCCAUUUCUGCCAAAUCUGUUCUGUUAGAUGUCACUAAAUUAUACAGGCUGCACCUUUAAGUCCAAUAGGAUUGGUUUUAAUUAAAUAUUCAAAAAACUUAAUAUUUAAUAGAGAAGAGUAGAUUAUAUAUUUUGUGUAGUCAUUUUGACUCCUGAGCUAAACUAUUAAUUUCAUUGUAAAUGCUUAGAAAACAAAACAAAUGUGAAUUUUUAAUAAUAUUUGCACUGUUUUUAUGUCAAACUAACAUUAAGCUGGAAAAAGUCUGAUCUUAAGGAAGAGUUCCAAAUAAACAACAAAAAAAAUCAUGUAUGAAGCUAAAUCCCAUCACUAGAGGGUGCUUUAGUACUGUAGCUUCAGGGAUAUUUUACUCUUAAGCUGUGUUUUUGUGUAAAGUACUCACUCAUUAGAUGUAUAGAUUCAGUAUGAUACAUGAUAUGUGGUAAGAUAUCAUCCUAAAUCUGCUGUGUUUGUCUGUGUAUCUGUACAGGGGGCCUUCAUUAUAAACCAGUCAUGCUCAAAAAUAAGUGUUCUCUCCUCUCCUCUAAUGCUCCCUGUCUCUCCUGCCUGGUAGAUGCUGAAUUCAUUAUAUUUUACGUAACACAGCUGGAAGACAGAACUGCUUGUAGGCAUCUACAGAGCCUAUUCUAAGUUAGCCUAUUAAUAAUUCUUUUUGGAAAGUGGAUUAACAAGCUCACAUGAAAAUUUGAGUUGUAGCACUGUGUUCAACUUUUAAGUGUCAAACUCCCCUUGAUUCACAUUUUAUAAAUCCCCACAAGGAAUUCAAAGGGAUCUGCUAAAUAGAAUAUGGCUUUGUAUGCUUGUGAUUCAGCCUAAUUAGUCAUUUCCUUGACAGUGGUAGGGUAAGGCAGUAUUUUAGAGAAGAGCUACUGUAUGUAAAAAGAUCCAGGGAUAGCUUUAACAGCAGCUUCAACCCUUUAAACAUUAAACUCACAGUCAGCCUUGUGGGAUCAGAGGUCAAGUGUCCUACAGUGUGAAUGGUGUGAUGUUACCACAAGAAGUUCAAGUCAUGAAAGUGUGGUAAAACAGUGCUACUUUCCAGCAGCUGUCAGUUAUUCUAUGCUGUGCAUGGUGACUUUGCUCUGGUGUCUAUUGUGCACGUGGAAAACCUAGCAUGUGAGGAGGUAAUGUAAAAGGAGGAGCCAAAGAGUAAUAGUGGCGUGCUUUACAUAAACAGAUCUUAAAUUACUGUGUUUCAAAGAACCUAUCAAUAAUCAAGUGACACAUGAGACAGAGAAGGCCACGGGACAUUGUUUCCCCUAGGAUUUUUUUCAGCAGUGGAGCUGUUGUGUGUGCAACACCAGGAUUUACAACAACACCUGUAUUUACACUGGUAGUGGACUAACUUAAAAGAACAGUCACAGAUGUAUUAAAGCUAGGGCACUGUCGCUCCCUCUUGCAGCCAAUUUUUCCAAGUGGUCACAUAAUUACCAUGCGGCCCAAAAAGCAUAGACAUCUGUAAAGCUGUUUACAGGACACCUUCAACUGCAAACAAGGCCAAUUAUGAUUCUUUCUAUUAUCAUUUUUUUACCCAUGGAGGAUUUCUAUUUGCAAAGAGAGAUUUAAAAAAGAAAAUAAUAAUGUCAUCACAAUGUAAAGUCUGAGCAGGAGAAACACUACUAUGUAUAUUCAGUGGGCCACAUACCCCGUGACCUAGAAAUGUUUUGUGUAUGCGCCAGGCAAUUAAUUCUAACUGGACUGAGCAGGUGCCUUUUUUUGGUAACCUGCCAAGUCUGUUCUGCUAGAUGCCACUAAAUUCUAUAAAUAUUUAAUAUGUAUAAUAUCGACACAUCAUUUUGGACCAUUAUCAUUACAUUAUUAUGUAAAACAACACAGAUUAUAGUUUUUCAUAGUUCACUCAGACAUUAUUUGCUAGACUGGAGACUUCAGGAGGUCACUGCACCCAGCCAAGGAAUGGUCCAUCACUUAACUCCCAAUAAACACAUAUGUGUUUAUAAUGUAAUUUUUACACCUUGUUUUGUGUAUAGAUUAAACACACAAAAUAUAACAUGUUAAACA